UUCUAAACGGUUCCAACCUCGCCAUUUCCCCACCCUGAGAGACAGAUCCAGCGGGGAAGGGGCGGCUGGAGACCCUUCUUGUCAGGGACCGGGACGAUGCAGUAGGAUCCCAAUGAAGACACAGAGUGGAACGAUGUAUUAAGAAACUUUGGAAUCCUUCCCCCUAAAGAAGAACCAAAGGAUGAAAUUGAAGAAAUGGUUUUACGUUUACAGAAGGAAGCAAUGGUUAAACCCUACGAAAGAAUGUCCUUAACGCAGUUAGAAGAAGCGGAAGAUGAAUUUGAUGAGGAAGAUAUGAAAGCACUUGAAGUGUAUAGACAAAGAAGGAUGCAAGAGUGGAAAGCUCUUCAGAAAAGGCAAAAAUUUGGGGAACUGAGAGAGAUUUCAGGCAAUCAGUACGUCAGAGAAGUCACAAAUGCCGAAAGUGAUCUGUGGGUUGUGAUUCAUCUGUAUCGGACAAGCAUCCCCAUGUGUUUGCUGCUUAAUCAGCAUCUCAGUCUCCUAGCGAGGAAGUUUCCAGAAACCAAAUUUCUCAAAGCCAUCGUGGAUAGCUGUAUUGAACACUACCAUGACACCUGCUUACCCACAAUUUUUGUAUAUAAAAAUGGUCAGAUCAAAGGCAAGUUCAUUGGCAUAAGUGAAUGUGGAGGAAUAAAUCUCAAACUAGAAGAACUUGAGUGGAAACUAGCAGAAGUUGAAGCGAUCCGAACUGAUUCGAAAGAAAACCCCAAAAGGGAUCUGAAAGAAAACUUUCAACAGGAUAUUGCAGAGGUGUCAUCUUCAAUUAGAAACACUUCUAUUUACGAUGACAGCAACAGCUCAAGCAGUGAAGAUGAGACCAAGUGUUACUCUGGCAGAAAUAUUCAAUAAAUGCUUUGUGGUUUUAUUAUGCUAAAUUAAAAGUGCACCUGGAUACAGCAAGCUCCAGGUUUUAUCAGUGCAA